AACAGCCAAUCAGAAACGACCUCUAUAAAUGCACUGUUCUAAAAAUAACCCUUAGGAGACCCUAAUAAUUACGUCAUCACCUAUACCUCCACCUCUAUAAGGUACUAUAUGCUGCUGAGAGCUAGGAUACAAAGCAUAAUACCCAUAGUCCUCUGCGUCUCCGUUUGGUUUGGUACAAACGAACUCUGGCGGAAGUUUGGUUUGGUACAAAGGAACUCUGGCGGAAGUUUGGGAUACAAAGCGCAUGUGCGUGAAUAAUUUUAGAACAUUCUAAAAUAUUCUUGAUGUCACCAAGCUGUGUAGAGAGCUAGAAAGAUCUGCCAGACAUUACCUUUAAUUUAAACCUUAGAAUUCAAAAAGAUUCUAACAAGAUGGCCCAGGAGAAUCAAAAGCAGAGAAGACCUGCAAACUUUACUACUGAGGAAACUGACGCUUUAAGAGAAAUAGUUGGAAAUAGGAGAGAUUUCGUCAAUGGGAUAUAUAUUGGUGACAAAAAAGAUUUAGAGAAAGCUUGGGCUCAAAUUACACUUAUACUGUUUAAUACCAUGAAGUUGGGAACGUAUACAUUACCAACACCUCAACGGCUUAAGGAUAAAUGGAUGAGAAUGCAGCUGAAAGAUAAAAAAGAUUUACAAAAUGAAGCUGCUACAGGUGAGAAAACGUCGUUUACGCAAAAUCUUCCCCUUAGCCAAGUUGGUAAGGGGGAGAUUCUCCCACAUAGCAGCUUUGAAAGGUUAACAGGAGAUAAAUCUGCCAGUGCUGAAAGAGAUGACAUUGUGGAGGGAUAUUUUUAUUUGGAAAAUGACUCCUCCUCAAAAAUGGGAAUUCAAAAAGAUUCUAACAAGAUGGCCCAGGAGAAUCAAAAGCAGAGAAGAGCUGCAAAGUUUACUACUGAGGAAACUGACGCUUUAAGAAUAAUAAUUGGAAAUAGGAGAGAUUUCGUCAAUGGGAAAUAUAUUGGUCACAAAAAAGAUUUAGAGAAAGCUUGGGAGCAAAUUACACUACUGUUUAAUACCAUGAAGUUGGGAAUGUAUACAUUAUCAACAUCUCAACGGCCUAAGGAUAAAUGUAUGAGAAUGCAGAUGAAAGAUAAAAAAGAUGUACAAAAUGAAGCUGCUACAGGAGGAGAUCUUACUUUUGAAUCUGCCAGUGAUGAAAUUGAUGACAAAAUGGGACAGAAAGGAAUGAGUGUGGUUAAGGAAUCCCCUAGCCCUGGCACAAACACAGAUAUUUCAGGAACAUCUCAACCUCCAUGUAAAAGAAUUCGACCUGACAGCUUAACUCCUGCUGAUGGUUGUAGUAGUCAGGAUUGGCAAGUUAAGGAGGAGCUAGAAAAAACGAUUGAGCAACUUUCUCGUGAGAAACAGGAGCUUGAAAUGAUUAAAAAAUUAAGGAGAGAAAUUCAAAAUUUGAAGGAUGAAAACAAAGAAUUUAGCAAGAAGUGAUUUUACUCAGACAGUAAAAAAAAGAAGUAUAUCUAAAAUGUGACCAUGCAAUCAUUCUUUGUAAUGAUUUUCAUUCAAAUUUCUUAUGCCAUAAAUCUAGAAAACUAUUCAAGUUGAUACAAUUUUGCAUAAACUGAAAAGAAUAAAGCUCUUGAAGUUAAAUAUUAAGAAAAAGAUUUUUCCAUUCAAACCAUCUAUCAUUAUUAGAUUAUGUUUAUCAUAAGAAGAGUUUCUGAUAGCAACACAUUUUUCAAUUUCAUAUCUAAGGUUUAAGUGACAUAGUAGACCUGCAAAUAUUGGAACUUUUUUUGUUGUACAGGCAUUGAAAAAUAUAUUGUUUUGUAUACAGGAUCAAAAAGUUGAUGACUAAGUUAGAAUUAGAAGGAGGAGUCUCUCCAAAUAAUAUGUUAUACUCAUUAAAGCCAAUUCUUUUUGAAACAGCAUAAUAUAUAUGCAUACUUAAACUACUCCAUAAAUCUAAAACAAAGGAACAGGAUGUGAAAACAUGUUCAAUAGUUUCUACUUCAUUAUUAAAAAAAGAACAUGUAUCAUUAUCAACUAUUUUUAUCUUUUUUAGAUACGAUUUUACAGGAAGAAUUCUAUGUAGAGUUCUAUAUUGUAGCCACUGUACAGUAGUAUAUGUUGUAACUUUGAAACAUACUUUGAAAAUACCCUGUAAAAUUAGUUCGGAGUAGCCUCUCAUGACAAUUUUUGAAUUCCAUCGAAUGAUUGAGUUUGGAAUAAUACAUUGGACAUUUGUAUUGAUUAUGUUACGUAUAUACCCCCACCUGUGUUCUAAUAAAUUCCAUAUUAUAUGUUGUACAUGA